AAGGAGGCAGAGAGAGAGAGAGAGAGAGAGAGAGAGAAUGGCGUAGGUGGUCAGCACUGCCUCAGCCCCAACCACAGAAAGAAACCCACAACAAAAAAGGGAAGCAGUCAUGUUGGCGGGGAAUUGGCAUUAGAAUAUUACCCAAUCGUGAAUCGUUCUUUCUUUCUUUCUUUCUCCCUCUCUCAAUUAUCCUCGAAGAAUUCCACUUUCUCUGCCUUAAUUCGAUUCCAUUUUUCACAAAUCCGAAACGCCCCUACAAGACACAGAAAGAAACAGAGAGGGAGAGAAAGAUAACGGACAGAUUUUCCUGAUUAAACAAAGGGAAAGGAGGAACAAAAAGAUCCUAGCAGCAGGGAGAAGGAAAGCUCGCAGGGCGAAGAGAGAAAGGAAGGAAGGAAGGUGGGUGGAAAAAAGGUUGCAGCAGCAGCAGGGCUUCUUCUUCUUCUCCGAUUCCCCACGCGGUUUCUACGGAAAGAAAGGAGUCGAAACGAAAAACCAGAGGGGAAGGAGGAAUUUUUUUUGGUGUUGGGUUUUGGUUUUCCCAGGCUUAGAUCUGGCUGGGUUCGGGGAAAUCAUCGGUUUUCUCUUCUGGGUAUUGAAGUUAGCGAGCUGAUUUUUAGUGGGUUGCUGUUAGAAAUCUGAUUCAGGGGCGUGUUCGUCGUUCCCGCUUUUUUCUAGAUCCGGAUGGCGUUUUUUCGCGGUUGAUUGUUUUUCUCCCUUACCUUUUCCGGUCAGUGUUCUGUUUGUUUUGAAAUAUCGUUUCUGGGUUUGUUACUAAAUCGGGGAAAGGAGGAUGGAUUCGGAUGAUCUCCGAUCGAUUCUGGAGACUGCCGGAGUGGACGUUUGGGCGUUCAUCGACACGGCGAUCGCCGUCGCCUCUUCGGAUUACCCUUCUGAGCUGAAGCAGCGGAGGGAUAAAAUCGUUCAGGCAUUGUACUCCGCCACAGCCACCGCCACGUGUAAUCAGUGUAGCCGUGGCGGCGUAGGAAAUGGACGUGGGCAGAGGGAACUAGUCAAUCAGAAAUUGUCUCCCGCUCCCGCCUCCACCGUUGAGAGAGAAGGCAGAGGUAGAGUCGGGGGACCAGCUGCCGCCGGAAUCCGUCGGCGGUCGCCUGAAACAGAGGAGGAGGAAGAAGAAGAGAAGGUAGAUGUAGAAGAAGAAGGAGAAGAGGAUGUAGAUCCAUACGACCUGUUGUUCGAUGAUGAACAGAGGAGAGUUUUGGAAAUCAAACAGCGGCUCGAAGAUCCUGACCAGACUGAAGAUUCUUUGGUUGACUUGCUGCAAACUUUGGAAGACAUGGACAUUACAUUCAAAGCAUUGAAGGAGACUGAUAUUGGAAGGCAUGUGAACCGGCUGAGGAAGCAUUCGUCAAAUGAUGUCAAGAGAUUGGUGAAACUGCUAGUCAGGAAAUGGAAGGAAAUUGUGGAUGAAUGGGUGAGGUUGAAUCCACAAGGAGAGCAUACUUCCUCAGCUAUGAUGGCUGAUGGGGACUCACCUCAGCAACAAAAGAUUACCCAGAAUGGUCAUCACCAGGUGCCUGAUUUUGCAUACUCUCCAAACCCUCACAAUGGUAGUUCUGGAUCAGACAGAAAUUACUCAGAACCUGAAGUGGUAGUAAGGAAGCAAAAGCCUCCAGUUUCUUCUUCUGGUAGUACUAUUAGAAAAGAGGCUGCUGCACCUGCUAGACAAGCUCAACACCAUUCAGCAUCUACUAGUCACAAUAAUCAGAGGCAACAACAGCAAAGAGAGGGCAACAGCAAUUUUAAUUCAGAUAGGCUGGCCUCAGCAACGAAAAGGCUCCAGGAGAGUUACAGCAAAGCUGAAAAUGCCAAAAAGCAAAGAACAAUUCAAGUGAUGGACAUUCACGAGAUACCAAAGCCUAAGAAUACAUUCUUUGCCAAGAACAAAGGUGGCGGUUCUCAAGGCAGGCACUGGUAGUGGCCAACGGCCGGUGGUCAACUUCGUUUUGGGUACCUUGAUUUAUUGAUAGUGUUCACUUUGGCCCUUCCCCUCUGCCUAACACCAAAAGACUAAGAAAGGGGUGGCUUACUUGGGAGGGAGAGGUGCUUUGGUGCUCUUAUAAAAGUGGAGGGGCAGAAAAAAGGAUGAUGGAGAGAAAGAGGGUAAUUCCCUGAUCAGUACUACCUUUUCUUGGUCUAUGCUAUUCCUUAUCCUUUUCAAAGUGAAAAGGAAAGGAGAAAGGAAGAGGAAAAAGAGGAAACAAUUUUCUUUUGAGCUUUUUCUUGUGCUAAAUAAGUUCCCAUGAAGAGAUUUGGGAGGAUGGUCAUUGCUAGAAGAUCGAUUUGCUUUUGAUUUCACAUUUGCAAAGUCCUCCAUCCAUUGCAUAAAGUAUUGAUGUUUAUGGUUAAUUUAGGCUUCUCGAGGGAUUGGUUGGACCAACAGAGAUUACACUUUUAGAGGAACUGAUUUCGAGUUGAAAUCGAUAAUCGUCUGCAACUCCUGAUUUGGUUAAAAAUACGAUAUAUGUUUGUCUUGUUUAGCAGCUCCAAGCCUCUACGUUGCAUCUCGUUAUUGCGAUCAGCUUUAUUAAGGGUUAGGAUG